GGCCUGGUCCAAGGCGGCGGGCGGUGCGCAAGGCCGCUCGGUGCCCAGCGCCCAGCUCUUGCCUGAGAUUCCCGCAACGGCUCCUAAGCGCGCUCCCGGUGCCGCGGGGGGACGGGGAUCGGCCUGGAAGCCGAAUGGGUGGCGAGCAAAGACUGCCCCGUCCCGGCAGCGAUGCGGCUCCCUCCCUACUGCCUUCCCCGGCGGCCCGGUUUUCCUGCCGAUCGUUAAUGCUUUGUGCUCUUGAGCGCUCUUAAUUGUCGAGCGAGGACGUAGUUGGCGUCCAGAGCCGUGGAUGAUUAGGAGGGUGUCCAGCCCAUCUCGGUAAACCAUGGCAUAUCAGCUAUACAGGAACACCACGCUGGGGAACAGUCUGCAGGAGAGUCUGGACGAGCUCAUACAGUCACAGCAAAUCACACCUCAGCUGGCCCUUCAGGUGUUACUUCAGUUUGAUAAAGCUAUUAAUUCAGCAUUGGCACAACGGGUCAGGAACAGAGUCAAUUUCAGGGGGUCUCUGAAUACAUACAGGUUCUGUGACAACGUAUGGACAUUUGUACUGAAUGAUGUUGAAUUUAGGGAGGUCACUGAACUUGUGAAAGUGGAUAAAGUGAAAAUUGUAGCAUGUGAUGGAAAAAACACUGGUUCCAAUACUGCAGAAUGAAUAGAACUGUGGGUUGUCUGCAAUAUUUUCUGUUAAUAUGCAGCACUUUCUGGAAAGAAGCAUGGAAAGGGACUGUGUUCAUGCUUAAUUCUUGUGAUGCAGACGUGAGUUAAUCCAUACUAGAAAGCAUCACAGAAUGACAGCCGAAGAAAUACCGGUAGCAUUUCUUCAGUUCACCUUAUAGGGCAUGAAUACAAUGUUACUUUUUUUUUUUAAAAUUACAACAGAUACUGUUGCCUUUUUUGUUCAAAAUAAUUUCUGUAAUAAACUUUUAUUUAAAAA